AUGCACAGUGUUAAAGGAAGAGAAGCUUUGCUAAAGAGAGGAGGGAAGUUGAGAAAGGAUUACAAUGGCUAUCGUCACCAACUUCAUCCAUCUCUGAAUAUUCCUUAUGGCAUACGGAAUUUGCCACUUCCUCUUUACUAUCCCCGGGUGAAUAGUCCCAGUUACCCUGGGAAUCCUUACACUGAUAUGGUUAUCUCCAUAUCCCUGGAUCUGACUGCUCCUAGAUUCCCCUUCGUCUAUCACAUUCCUGGUUUCUCCUUAGCUACUCAAUUGAAUGUUCCUCCUCCUCCCCAUCUUCCUCCUUCUCCUCCUCCUCCUCCUCCUCCUCCUAGCGAUUUCCCCCUUGUCCCUCCUUCAGGGAUUUUUUUCAGCAGCUGCAGCACCUGCUGUGAGCCUGCUGCUACAGCACCUCCUGCAGCCACACCUGUAGCAGCUAAGCCUGCUGCAGAGGCACCAUCACCAGCUGAGCCUGCUGCCCCAGAAUCUCAGCCUUCUCCCUCUUUUGAUAGUAAUCAGCAUUUAAAUAACGACGAAUAUGAUCAAGACAAUGUUCAUAUUAAAUACCUAAAUAUGGAAUAA